GCUGGGAAGGGGGACAGAGCAGCCUCUCUCUCCUCACUCUUCCCCAGCCACCUGUCUAGUGGGCAGAAACUGCAGCGCCGGAGCGCAGAAGGGAGCGCGCCGAAGCCUGAGCCGGCCCAGCCUCCGGAGCGCUCUCCAGAGCUUUCGGGCGGGGCUCUGAGCCCUCCUGGGCCCCGCCCCCACGCUACCGGGCCACGCCUCCCGAACUCUAGGCUCCGCCCACCCGACCGGAGUCCGCAGAGGCCAUGGGGACACGGAGCAGCCCGGACGAGGGGACCCUGCCGCCCGCGGUCCCCAAGUGCGACGCGGAGGUCCGAUCUCAAGGGGCCGCCCAGCCCCGGGAGCUCCCCGAGGACUCCCGCGAGCAGGAGGUGCCCGAGGCCGCAGCAGAGCUUCCGAGCGGCCACGGAGCUGAGCAGCAGGCGGAGGAAGAGGAAGAAGUGGGAGAAGGCAGCAGCACGGAGAGCAGCCGCGAUGCGGUGGAGUCUUCGCCUUCCGUUCGGAUCCCGGCCACGCCACCCGCAGCCUCUCAGGCUGGGGAAGGGGUGCGAGGGGCGGCGCGGCGGCUUCAAGCCCAGCAGUUGGAGGCACUGACUCGCGUGGCUUUGAUGGAGCAACGAGUGAAGGAGCUACAGCGUCAGAGGAAGGAACUGAGGAUCCAGAUGGAGGUGGAGGUGACCCUGCUUCGGGGUGAGCUGGCUGGGGAGCGAGUGGCCGUCUGGCGGGAGGAGGAGCAGCUCUGGGAGCUGCUGGGGCAGCAGCUGGACUCAGAAAAGGGCGGCCGAGAGCAGCACGAACAGGCGCAGAGGCACCUGAGCCAGGAGCGGGAUCGUGUGGAGGGUCUUCGCCAGAGACUCCGGGAGGCCCAGGGGCAGCUCGACUUGCAGCCGGAAGACCAGCGUGAGCGGCUUCUGCAGGGAGUGCAGGAGAUGAGGGAACAGCUGGAUGUGGCCCAGCAUGCUUACGAGGACCUGGAAUUCCAGCAGCUGGAACGAGAGAGCCAGCGAGAGGAGGAGGACUGGGACAGUCCCAGGGCCCGGGCACUGGACCCCAAGGUCCAGGAACUCCAGGCCAGCGUGGUGCAGCACAGGCGCCGGAUCCAGGUCUUGGAGGAGCAGCUCAAGUCACUGGGGAAGCAGAUGGCAGCUGAGAGCUGGGGGCUGAGCCAGAAGAAGGAGGAGGCCCUUCAGGCCCUGACCCAGGAACGGAGCAGACUGCUCAAGCUCAAUUGCCUUCAGGGAACCCCUGGCGGGGACUUCUCUGAGCCAGGCCAGGCCCUCACCAAGCUCCUGUUCACCCAGAAGACAGACCGCCAGUUGCUGGUUCUCCAGGACCCCACUGCCCACGCUACCGCCGCCACCUCUUCCUGCCUCUUCUCCGUUCACGGCUCCCUCCAGGGCUCCAUUGGCCUCCAGAGGACUGGAAGCCUGCCCCGGAAGAGGGGAGAGAGAGUGAGCCAGAGGGGAUCCCCCCGGCCUCUGUCCUUCUUUUGUACUGCCCUUCUCCCCGCAGGAGCCCUGGAGGCCUCGGCCCUCCCGCCAGCAGCCGGAGACUCCGGGAGACACCCCCUCUAUCAGCUGCUGAACUGUGGCCCCAGAAAUAUUUAUGGGGCCCUCCACCCGGACAUCGCCCGCAUGGAACAGCUCCUGCAGCAGGCUGUGGCAGAGAGGGAGCGGCUGCUCCAGGCCAGGGAAGGGACCAGAAGGAGCACGGAAGGUGCCUCAGACCCCCCUGUACCUGCCAUCAUGGCCCCGCCCACAGCCCCAUCCCGCCCUCCUGGUCCUCGGGUCUUGGAUCUCCGGCAACACCUGGAACGCUGGGGCCACAACCCGGAAAGCUGCCCGCACAUACGGGUGUCCGGGGGCUACUGCCGCGGACCCCUGGUGAAGAUGGGAGGCCGCAUCAAGACCUGGAGGAAGCGGUGGUUCUGCUUUGACCGCCAGGCCCGCCGCCUGGCCUACUACACAGACAAAGAAGAGACCAAGCUCAAAGGCGUCAUCUACUUCCAGGCCAUUGAGGAAGUCUACUACGACCACUUACGCUGUGCCUUCAAGAGCCCGAACCCUCGCCUAACGUUCUGUGUCAAAACCUACGAACGCCUUUUCUACAUGGUGGCGCCAAACCCAGAGGCCAUGCGCAUCUGGAUGGACGUCAUCGUGACAGCGGCGGACGAGAACCACGCCCCCUGAGUGAACAUACCCUCUCAGAGGGACGUCCCAGCGAGGCUCUGCCCCGCAUGCGCUGCCUCGAAGCCACGCCCACUGCUGGAAAUCCUGGGCCAGCCCCGUUGGAACUCUCCCGGGAAUUUUGUGGGCUCGGCGGCUCGGCAGGUCUGAGCUGCGCAGUUCUGGGCUGCAGGUGUCUUCCCCGGACGGGAAGCCAGCCCCUGAGGCUCUGCCCCAGGUGGGAGGAAGGUUGCGGGGGCGGGAAGGAACUAUUUAUUGGUGCUCCUGUGAUACCGAAUUAAACUUGGAGGAAAAACAGUGGUUACUGCUGAGGUUCCCAGCACAGGCGUACGGGGCCCCUCGACCCCUAGGCAAGACAUCUGAGUUACGGGUACCUCGGAGACCAUGCAUCCUUUAGCUGUUCUACCCUUUAGGAAUGGAGACCUCCAACCCCAAGGUCAUGGCUGGGAGGGGCGGGGGUGUGGGGAGGCAUGCGUCCUUAGUCUUGUGGCAAUUUUGUUUUUUCAGUUUGUGGGCCCGCCUGCUUCCACCCUUUUGGACCUGACUGGGCUAUUGGCAAUUUCUAGGAACUCCUAGGCUCCUGCCCUCCAGGCCGUGACACAUGUUAUUCCCUCUGCCCUUCCCUUAACCACCUAGCUCCUUAUUCUUCGCAUCUUAAUUGGGAUGUCCCCUCCUUCAGGAAGCCCUUCCUGACUCCCUCAGCUGGAUCAAGUACCUCCCUUUGAGCCCUCCUGUCCCACUCCUGAACAUCGUGGGUCAUCACUGGUGAUGGAUCUAUGUCCUGAUGGACUGGGAGCUCCAUGAGGGCAGAGCCAGGGCUGUCCUGGUCAUGGCUGUGUCCCCAGCACCAGAGGGCACAUUUCACCCCAUGAAAGUGAAAAAAAAAAAAAAGCUAUCCUUUCACCUGUCGGUCUUUAUGUAAUGUUCCCUUUGCUAAGUCACCUUUCCCCACUCCACCCUACUCAUCAUUUAGGUCAUAGCUCAGAUGUUUCCUUCUCCAGGAUGCCUGAUUCUCCUGGCUGAGUCAGAUGCUCCCUCUGGGCUUCCCAUCCCAGCCCUGAUCACUCUGCCUGCUCCUUCCCCAUCACGGCUUUGACUACUCUGGGUCAUCCGUGUGUUUGAUGGGUGUGUUUCCCGUGCUGGGCGGGAGCCCCAGGAGGCAAGGGUUGGGCUAUUUCUAUCACUACUGAGUCCUUGGCACACAGCAAAUGGCCUGUAGGGAAACUAGGUGUUGAGGGAAUAAAUUGAUAAGAAAGACGCUGAGGAUGGGGUGAUUGUGAACGACAGGCAUAGAACUUUUCAUCAUUUACAUCUCACCUAAGGUGUCCCCUCCUUCAGGAAGCUCUCCCUGAUCCCUGGUGGGCUUCCGCAGUCCCCUGAGCUCCCCAACUACAGGACCACUCCCUGACCACUCUAGGCUGUCACUGUGUGGUACAGGUCAUUUCCUCCCUUAAACCUCUCUGGAACUAAGCAUUCAGUCCCUCUGGUUCCCAUCUCUUCAGGACCUGGGUGUCCCAUCCCAGGAUUCCUUAAGGAUCCAGAUGUGCUCCUGAAACCCCGGAAUGCAAACACUCCAACCCCCAGGCCCUUGGGGACCCGAGGUGUUCCUUGGCCUCUACCCCCAGGUGUGAGACAUCUGGAUUCUUGGAUCAUUUCAUCCCUCAGCCCCUCUGCAAACUGUGUCCCCUUACUGGGGCCAGCUUCACGGGCAUGUGACUAAUGCAGUUGACAAGUCCCAUGUUCAGAAGAGCCCUCUUGGCUUUAAUCAUCUGUGAUUGCCAUCUGGAAAUUCUUAAUUUUGUAUUUGAAUUUGUAUUUUGUAAGUGAAGUCUGAAGGGCGUGGAGCUUGAGCUGGG